GAAUUUUGUGAUCGUUAAGCAACAAAGUAGUGAGAUCAUCGGAGAAGUGAAGAAAAUACAAAAGUAUGUACAUAUAUGUACAUACAUAUAUAUUCCAAAAACAAAAUGAGUGUUUGCUAUGUGAUUAAAUAAACUUAUCGGUUAAAAGUGUCAACUAGACCAAUAAAUCUUUUGUCGUAUACAAGGUUGGACAACAACUUAUACUAUUUGAAAAAUUUAGUUUAUUUUCAUUUACGAACAUAGCGUAAUGACAUCGCCGCAAUGCAGCUGUUUGAGACGUUUUUUAGUACUUGGAAUCGGCAUAUUAUCGAUUUUGGCUGGAGUGUAUCUUUAUUUAAAUUGGAUUGAAAUAUUUACACAAAUUAGAGGAAAGGAAAUGGCAUUAAGUGAAAAAUCACCUGCUUACGAAGGUUGGAAAAUAUCACCAUUACCGUUAAAUUUUGAUGUUUAUUUAUUCAACUGGACAAAUCCAGAAGAUUUUUAUAUUGGAUCAAAGAAAAAACCACGGUUUGAACAAUUGGGACCCUAUAGAUUUCGUGAAGCACCCGAUAAAGUUGAUAUUCAAUGGCAUACAAAUUUUUCGGUAUCAUUUCGAAAAAAGGCGAUAUUUUAUUUUGAUCAAGAGAGUAGCAAUGGCACAUUGGAUGACAAAAUAACCACGGUUGAUACAGUAGCACACUCAGCUGCUUUAAGAUUAAAAAGUAAAUCGAAUUUUGAAAAAUUCUUUCUUAAUCGUGGUCUAAGUGCUUACAGUAAGAAAUUUUAUAUUACAAAAACUGCUAAUGAAUGGUUGUUUACUGGUUAUCAAGAUCCAUUCGUAACAAUUGGCGGUUAUUUCUCCAAACUUACAAGUGCAAUAGAAGUGCCUUUUGAUCGUAUUGGAUGGUUGUACACGCGCAACAAUAGUGCUUAUUACGAGGGCCAUUUUAAUAUAUUUACCGGCAGUGAUGAUAUUUCAAAAAUGGGUCAAAUACAUGAAUGGAAUUAUAAAACCCACAAUGGUGUCUUUGAUGGAGAGUGUGGCCGUGUAAAGGGUUCUAUGGGGGAAUUCUUUCCACCCAAUUUAACACCACAAGAUUCUAUAUAUCUCUACGUCCCCAAUGUAUGUCGCGCAGUGCCCUUGGAUUAUACAGAAACAGUAACUAUACAUGGUGUUACAGCUUAUAAAUACAGCGGCACUGAGAGAUUAGUGGAUAAUGGUACAGUGUUCCCAGAAAAUAAAUGCUUUUGCAUUAAUGGUAAAUGUGAAGCAUCGGGGAUAUUCAAUAUUUCACCUUGUAAAUUCAAUUCAUCAAUAUACAUGUCUUAUCCGCAUUUUUUCAAAGCCGACCCUGUGUAUUUAGAGCGUAUUGAAGGAUUAAAACCUGAAAAGGAAAAGCAUGAAUUCUUCAUGACUUUAGAGCCUAAUGCAGGAGUGCCAAUGGAUGUGGGCGGUGGUUUUCAGGCAAAUUAUCUUCUGGAAUCAAUUGAAGGCAUAAAUGGUUUCAACAAUUUACCUCGUACUUUUAUACCCAUUAUGUGGGCCGAAGAGAGAGUGAGGGUCACAUCGGAAAUUGCUGCCGAAAUUGCAUUAGUACCACUAAUUGUAUUAUUGGGUCAAUUAUUAACUGGUAUUUUAUUGGCUAUUGGGGUAAUAAUGAUAUGUUGGUACCCCACAAAAUGUAUUACACACUGCUGGCAAGAUCCCAAAGGAAAAAGUAAAUUAUUUUGCCCACUAUCCGCCACAACUUCAACGACUAUUUCGAGAUCGCAACCCCGCAGAACCAGAGAACAUCUAAACCUCAUAGAACGUCGAGGUGUUGAUCUAUUGCGUGAUAAUGGAUCUUUAGGCGAAUGCUUAUUGAAUAACAAUUUAUCACAUCAAACGUGCUCCUCUGAUGUAAUAACCAGUUGAUAGGCUUAUCAGACUAAAGUAAUUAUUAUACAUGUUUCUCAAUUACAAUUAUUAAAAUUCGGUCUACAACAAAGUAUACAAAGUAUAACAGUUUACCAUUCUACGUCAAAACAGCCUCACUCUGCAUGGAAAGCAAAAUCACGAUUUUGUUAACAACAUCCCCCUCUCAUAAUUUAAAUUAUUUUGUUUUAUGAUUUCCAAAUUUAAAAAAAUUUCUUAAUUUUCUUUUUUUUAAUGUUCUCAUAAUUGACAUAUUUCAAAAAAUUGUAUAUUUAUAUUGUAUUUUCGUUUAAAGAACGGUCAUCAAUAGACUCAAAGUAUUUUGGAAACCAUGAUAGAACAAAACAUAUAUCAUAUGACAUAAAAUCGCAUACUAUGAAAGGGGUAACUCAAGCACCAUUUUUUGAGAGUCGGUCAAAUGUCCAUAUUUGACUAUAAACAAACAAAUAAAAAUAAAUGAAAAAAACAAACAAAACAGUACAACUUUUAAGUUUGUCACUACUAACAAAUAUUAUUGUCGUGUUAAAUCGUGUCAAAAUUGUUUUAUAUUUUUUAAUGUUAUUUUUGUUUUCAAUUAUGUUGUUAUAAAUGUCAAGACUAUUAAUCAAGUUUUCAAACUAUAUCUGUUAACCUGUGAACCUUAGAAGCGGAUGAGCAACUAUGUAUGUAUGUAUGUAUGUAUGUAUGUAUGUCAUUGUACAUACAUAUAUUUUUCUAAGUAUUUUGCUAAUUAAAACUAUUUAGAUCUUUAAAAAAGCACAAGUGGAAACCCUUCGUACAAAUAAAAUGUUGUAAACUUAAAUAAAGUAUGUACAUACAUAUAAUAUUCGAGAAUGAUAAACACACGAAAAUAUAAAACGUACAUUAGAUGCCCAAAAAAAUAUAAAUGAUGCUAGUUGUAAAUAAGAUAACAACAAGUUAACUUGAUUUUGACCCAACUCAUAAAAUCCGGCAGGGUUAUUAACAAUUGUAACUUUUAUUUUAUUAUAUAUUUUUUUCUAAACUAAUUAAACAAAAAUAAAAACAAUUAAAUAUUUAU